CGAAUCCACCGAUUUGAAAGCAGCCCUCCGAACACAGCACGGGUCUCCUGCGCGAGAGUCGAGCUCGGGCACAGCUGCCGCACUUGUGUUCGGGGCGUCAAACAAAGCAAGCCGCACAUUAACUCUCUUCGCAGAGGAAGCAUGGCACGUGGGCACCAGAAGAUCCAGUCCCAGCAGAAGAAUGCCAAGAAGCAGGCAGAGAUGAAGAAGGCUAAGGGCCAUGACCAGAAGACAGCAGCCAAAGCCGCUCUUGUGUUCACCUGUUCUGUCUGUAGGUCCCAGAUGCCCGACCCUAAAACCUUCAAGCAACACUUUGAGAGCAAACACCCUAAAUCCCCCAUGCCCCCAGAGCUAGAGGGAGUGGAGGCAUAAAUGUCUGCAAACACUGGAGUCCCACCCUGGAUGCCAAACCAAGCUCUUCUUGGCCCUGCAAAAACACUGCACCUUUCUCCAUCCGAUAGGAUUGGAUCGAUGUAAGCAACAUGGUAGUUAGCUUCUUUUAGCCUUCAACAGGCUAGGUUGGCUUUUGUCACACUACUUCCAUCAAUCCAGCCUUAUAUCCUUGUGCUUACAUAUGUAGAGGCUAAGCCCAAAGGCUGGUUUUGUUUUCAGGGACACUAAAGACCCUUAUGAUUCUUGAACAAUGCAAACGGUCAAUGCAGGUUUCUCCCUUCAUUUUAAGCUGUUGUUUCAGAAUGGACUUCCCACUGCCCUAAAUUUAGCUCGAAAAACAGUCUGUCUGUUGGGGCUUUGUUCAGGUGAGGGUGAACGUCAUCAAAUGUUCAGAACGAUAUGUGAUGUGCAUAUAUGACUUCCUAGAUGUCUGCUGUAUACGUACAUCUUCAUCUGCAUCGGUCUGAAGGUUUAACCCUCUUGACUACAUCUGACAAGCAGCUCUUUCUCAUUCUCUUUCUUCAGCAAGAUGAGUACAACAGUGCGUUUACAAAUCAAUGGUUUGAACUUGGUUGUUGGUGGGGGUAAUAAUUUUGGAAAUCCAGAUGUUUCUUAACCUACUUUUCCUCCUAAUCCAAGGUUUGUCCCUGUGAAAUUAAUAGAAAACAAGAAAAAAAAUCGAGUCUAUUACUCCUUCAGUUUCCUUUUACUUUGAAUAUAUAGUGUUGAAUCAAAAAGGAGAUUGUGCUGCUUGUUUUGUCAUAUCUGCUGUUUAGGAUGGAUAUCGAGAUUUGUUUUUCAAGUCCUAUUUGUCUUCAGCUGUGAUUUUUUUUUUCUCUUUUCAUCCAAAUAAUUAUUUAUGUUGGCCGCAACAAUGUGCUAUCUUGCCAGUCAAUUCCAAGUGCAACAUGACUUGUUUGUGAAUAAAAUUCUGUUGACACAUGUCAGCAGCGUUUGUAUGCUCGGGAAAUGGAAGAAAAAAACAUCUGUGGCCCGCUUAUGUAAUAUAACAUUUUAAUAAAAUUUUACUUUGUUUUACGUCUUGCUUUUUCAACUUGGGGACUUGAAACUUUGAACCAGUUCUUUUAUUUUGAGGUUCCUGGGAAGGAUUGUGCCAUGAAAUUGAACAGAGUAACUGGCGGCAGGACACGUAUUAAACACGGACAUGAUUUGUCUUUGUCCCAGAGAUCCUGCUUUGGCUUUUGACUUUUUCCGCUGUGUCUGGCCUUCUGGGUAUUCUCUCAGGACUGACAGUUUUAGUCUUGGGUCUACAUCAAACACUUGUCCAGUCCUUUUUGUUCGCCCAGUCAUUUUUCUUUCUUCUGGAUAUCAGUUGUUUUUUACAUGGCCCAUUAACAUUUACAGUGGAAUGUUUUCGGUUUGUCUAUCCAAGUAUGUUUGUGCUCCAAUCACAUCCAUUUAAAUAAAAUCUGUAUUUGUGGCCAUUAAAAAUUGAUAAAAUCAUGCUCAGCCUCAGUGAAUAAUGUAGUUGAAUGGAAACUACAUUGGGGAACAGUAAUUUUGAUCCAGCAGGUCUAAUAGUGUCCUAAAAUGGCCUUUAACUGCAGAAAUAACCAGUCUUGUAGUGAUUGUUAACAUUUUUACUUUGCACACCAUUAAGAUGUGAUUGUGAUAAAACUUUUAUUAAUUCUUACAUAAGCCUUGUAUUGCUUUCUGGACCAACACCCUUUGCCUCUUGGGUGAGGCCAAAGAUGGAAAAGUAUAAUCUUAUUCAAUUUAAUCUCUAAAAUACAACAAAGGUUAGGUGUUCUUAUUAGAUGAUGUAAUUAUCCAACAUAGUAAAUAAAGUCCUUUAUUAGACA